AACCACCGUGGCGGCGUCUUGGGUUCCGACACAAGUCCCCAGGGCGGCCGCGCUGUCAUUCAACACCACGGGUGUGCCCCGCCGCGUGGCGCCAGGACCAGUGUGGAGUCGCCUCUUGGGGUGCGACAGUGGGAGGGGCGGGGUCCCCGCGGUCUGCAGACCCUGAGGGGUGGUCGGCCGCGGGUGUCGCUAAAGAGGCCGGCAAGGCGAACCUCCUUGGCCGGAUCUCGUCAGCGCGGAGACAAAAAGAGAAAGGAGAAAGAAGCUAAGCGGACCUACAAGGCCCAAGCGGCUUUCUCAGGACUCACAGUUGAGUGAGCACGGGAGCUGCCAUCAAAACCACAAGUGUCGGAUGCCUGUAACCUUCGACCGGCCGCCAGCCUUUGGGCACCAGCUGGGGGAGCUGCUGUUCCGGCGGACUCCUGCGCCCUCCGGCGGCCUCUCCCGAGAACGACACUGUGCUUGAACAGGCGGGACGCUAAUAAAGAUUUCUUCUUCAAAACACAGGAAGUGCCUACGGUGGCCGGCCUGGCUGCGGAGGCCGGGUAUGAAGUCGGGCGGUGACCGGAGCGCGGUUGUUGGUGGCGAUGAGCGACAUAGUGGAGAAGACGCUGACGGCGCUGCCGGGACUGUUCUUGCAGAACCAGCCGGCCGGCGGACCCGCAGCCACCAAGGCGUCCUUCUCCUCUAGGCUGGGCGGCCUGGUCCGCGGCAUCACCGCGCUCACGUCCAAGCACGAAGAAGAGAAAUUAAUCCAACAAGAACUGAAUAGUCUGAAAGCAACUGUUUCUGCUCCUACUACAACACUUAAAAUGAUGAAGGAAUGUAUGGUGAGACUUAUAUAUUGUGAAAUGCUUGGAUAUGAUGCUUCAUUUGGCUAUAUACAUGCAAUCAAAUUGGCUCAACAAGGAAACCUCUUAGAAAAAAGAGUAGGUUAUUUGGCUGUUUCUUUAUUUCUACAUGAAAACCAUGAACUGUUGCUUCUCCUUGUGAAUACAGUUGUAAAGGACUUGCAGAGCACUAACCUGGUAGAAGUAUGUAUGGCACUUACUAUCGUCAGCCAGAUUUUCCCUCGAGAAAUGAUUCCAGCUGUUCUUCCAUUAAUAGAAGAUAAACUUCAGCAUUCCAAGGAAAUUAUACGAAGAAAAGCUGUUCUGGCAUUAUACAAAUUCCAUCUCAUUGCUCCUAAUCAAGUACAACAUAUCCAUAUUAAGUUUCGGAAAGCACUUUGUGACAGAGAUGUUGGGGUCAUGGCUGCUUCUUUGCACAUAUACCUUAGAAUGAUUAAGGAGAAUUCAUCUGGAUAUAAAGACUUGACUGGGAGUUUUGUAACUAUUUUAAAGCAAGUAGUUGGAGGAAAGCUCCCAGUAGAUUUCAAUUACCACAGUGUGCCAGCACCAUGGUUACAAAUUCAGCUAUUGAGAAUACUGGGACUUCUAGGAAAAGACGAUCAAAGGACAAGUGAAUUAAUGUAUGAUGUUCUUGAUGAAUCCUUACGAAGAGCUGAGUUAAAUCACAAUGUCACUUAUGCUAUUCUGUUUGAAUGUGUGCAUACAGUCUAUUCUAUUUAUCCUAAGUCAGAAUUACUUGAGAAGGCUGCCAAGUGCAUUGGAAAAUUUGUUCUCUCACCUAAAAUAAAUCUUAAAUAUUUAGGACUGAAGGCUCUUACCUAUGUUAUCCAACAGGAUCCUACUCUGGCUCUUCAACACCAGAUGACAAUAAUUGAAUGCUUAGACCAUCCUGAUCCCAUUAUUAAAAGAGAGACUCUGGAACUUCUUUACAGAAUUACAAAUGCACAGAAUGUAACAGUUAUUGUCCAGAAAAUGCUUGAAUAUUUACAUCAGAGUAAAGAAGAGUAUAUCAUUGUCAAUUUGGUUGGCAAAAUAGCUGAGCUGGCUGAGAAAUAUGCUCCUGAUAAUGCGUGGUUUAUUCAGACAAUGAAUGCUGUGUUUUCAGUGGGAGGAGAUGUAAUGCAUCCUGAUAUUCCCAAUAACUUUCUGAGGCUGCUAGCAGAAGGUUUUGAUGAUGAAACAGAAGAUCAGCAAUUGAGGCUCUAUGCAGUUCAGUCUUAUCUUACUUUACUGGAUAUGGAAAAUGCAUUUUAUCCACAGAAGUUUCUUCAGGUUAUGAGUUGGGUGUUAGGAGAGUAUUCCUACCUCUUAGAAAAGGAAACACCAGAGGAUGUUAUAACCAGGCUCCACAAGUUACUUAUGAAUGACUCCAUUUCUUCAGAAACAAAAGCCUGGUUGUUUGCUGCUGUGACCAAGUUGACACCCCAAGCACAUUCUUCUAAUUUAGUUGAGAGGUUAAUCCAGGAAUUUACUAUCUCUCUGGAUACUUGUAUGAGACAGCAUGCAUUUGAAUUAAAAUAUUUGCAUGAGAAUGUAGAACUUAUGAAAGAGCUUACUUCCAAUGAUAAGAGUUGUGAAGAAAUGAUGGUAGAUGCUUCCUUAUCUUUUCUGGAUGGUUUUGUGGCUGAAGGACUCAGUCAGGGGGCAGCACCUUAUAAACCUCACCACCAACGCCAGGAGGAAAAACUUUCUCAGGAAAAAGUUCUCAAUUUUGAACCAUAUGGACUCUCCUUUUCCUCAUCUGGCUUCACUGGACGACAGUCUCCUGCUGGCAUUUCUCUUGGUUCAGAUGUAUCUGGGAAUAGUGCUGAGACAGGGCUGAAAGAAACAAAUAGCUUGAAGCUAGAAGGUAUAAAAAAAUUGUGGGGAAAAGAGGGCUAUCUUCCCAAGAAGGAGAGCAAAAUUGGUGAUGAAAUGGAAACUCCACCUGUUCCUCAAGAAAAUGUAACUGUGGAGAAUGUGGAUCAAGUUAUAACAAAAAGGGAUCAGUCUCAAAUCCUUACACAAUCUAAAGAGGAGAAAGAAAAGCAGCUGUUGGCUUCAUCAUUAUUUGUUGGGCUAGGAUCAGAAGGUACUAUCAAUUUGCUGGGAAAAGCAGACACUGUAUCUCACAAGUUCAGAAGGAAAUCAAAAGGCAAGGAAGCCAAAAGUGAAGAAACGACCAGUGCUCAUAGUUCUUUAUCAAAGGUGGCCUGUGAAGAAGAUGAUUAUUUGAAUACUUUGCAAGAGAAAGAGAAAGAAUUAGAGAAAUUUUCUCUCAGUUCUCAACUUUUGGAUUCUGAGUCUCUCACAGAACUGCUGGUUGAGAAACUUCCAGAUUGCAGCCAGCCUGCACCUUCUUUGUUUGCUGAUAACAACAUGGAAAUUUUUCAUCCUCCUUCAUCUACUGCAGCUUCAGUUGCCAAGGAAAUCUCUUUAGCUUCUUUGUUGGAAGAAACUACUGAAUACAUGCAUUCAAAUCUUAUGGAUGUCUGUAAUAAUGAAGCUGUAUCAGUAUCUUCUUACAAGAUUUGGAAAGAUGAUUGUUUGUUGAUGGUUUGGUCAGUUGCUAGUAAGAGUGGUUUGGAAUUGAAAAGUGCUAACUUAGAAAUUUUUCCUGCAGAAAAUUUCAAGAUCACUGAGCAACUUGGAUGUUGUUUGCCUGUAAUGGAAACAGAAAGCACCAAAAACUUUCAAUAUAGUAUACAGUUGGAAAAACCUUUUACAGAAGGAAAUAUUUCUGGCUUUAUAAGUUAUCAAAUGAUGGAUACUCAUUCUGUUCGGCUGGAAUUUUCCAUAAACUUAUCACUGUUAGAUUUCAUUAGACCAUUAAAAAUCUCAACUGAAGACUUUGGCAAACUCUGGUUAUCCUUCGCAAAUGAUGUGAAGCAAAAUAUAAAAACAUCAGAAUCUCAAGCUGCUCUGCCUUCUGCCCUAAUGCUGCAACAGAAACUGAGACUUCAUGUUAUUGACAUUAUAGGCAAUGAAGGACUAUUGGCCUGUCAACUGCUCCCAUCCAUUCCCUGCUUACUGCAUUGCCGAGUUCAAACUGAUGUAUUAGCUCUGUGGUUCAGAUCCUCUUGCUCUGCUCUUCCGGACUAUUUAUCCUAUCAGUGUCAAAAGGUGAUGGAGGGAUCCUAGCCGAAGCUCUGCUUAAUUUAACUCUAUGAAGAAAAAUGGUUUACAUAGAUAAACUUAUUUACCAAAGUAAAAGAACUCAUGGUACUUUUGAUGAAAAUGGGGAUUAUUACAAGUUGUGGCGUAUGUGUUUUUUUUUGAUUUUUGGUUAAGAAAGAUCCCCAAGAAACUUAUCGCUAACCUUUUACUCAGGAUUGUACAGUAUGUUUGAGUCCCCCAAAGUGACCUAAUCUAAUGUUAUAAAUGCUAAUGAUUAUAAUCAUUUAGUGUAGAGGGACUGAAAAUAUUUAUUUUGUUACAAAUAAUUUUAUAGUCAGUUACUCUAAUUUAUAGUGAAGACAAGACUUGGUUCUUCACGUUAAUGGAGGGGAGAUAAUCCCAAACCUAAUUACUAUUUGGCUUUGGAAUGCAGUGUGUUUGUUGGUAGGUAAAUUGAUACUUUUAAUUAUGUUUUGCUUAGAUUAGUGUUGAACUAAGUUGGUAUAGCACACACAGGAGAUACAUAAGCAUGCUGGAUAUUGAGGAAAUUCAGUCUCAUAUUUUUUACUAUAAUUAAUUUGUUACACAUAAUUCCAGAUUAUUUGGCUAUAAAAUCAGUCUGUUUUCCAUUUUGCACUUAUUUUAAAAUUUAAAGAGAAUCACUGUAUUCUUAUUUUAAAAACUCGGCUAUUUAUAAAUAUUAUCCUAAAGGAACAGAACCCAGAGAGCACAAUAGGAAAGCAAACAGAUAUAAAACUUUUUGGUAUGACAAUAUCUUAGUCA